CCGAGGGACAACUUUUCCGCCGCGUGAGUGAGUAGCGCGGGGCCGGGCCGGGGGCUCCCUCUCCCGCUCGGGGCUCCGGGACGGGACGGGGACGGGACCUUCUCGGAGAAAGUCGAUUGGAUGCCAGGAGGGGCGCCCGGCGGGGGCUUUUCUUUCUCUCUCUUUUCCCUCCUUCCCGCGGGCUCACCAAAUCAGAGCUGUCACUCGGGGCCUGUGAGUCAGGGGGGAUCGGGUUACACGAGCCCUGAACCCGAUGCCGGCGCGGCGGCGCGGGCGGAGGGAGCGGGCAGGGCUGCUCCUCGGCGCGCUCCACGCUCGCGGUCGCGCACACUCGCCGCCCCGACGACUCGCCCUCCCCGGGCCGCCCGCGCCGCCCCGCCGGCCGCCCGCACCCCCUCCGGGCCCGGCCCCGCCGAUCGCUGCGGGAGCCCCGGCGGCCGGCACCUCGCGCCCCGCGGAGCCCGGAGACCGGCGCCCGGCGCCCGGCGCCGGCCGCCCGCCCGCGCCCGGGACGCGGGUCCAGGGGAAGUUGGGGGACUUGACAGCCGCCGCCGCCGCAGGUGUUCCUGAUACCAGAGAGCUGAAGUAAUGAGAAGGCACCAUGGAGGCCCAGUCCCACAGCUCCCUGACCACUGAGAAGAAGAAAGUGGAGAAUUCCGUAGUAAAAUGCUCCACUCGAACAGAUGUCAGCGAGAAAGCUGUGGCCUCCAGCACUACUUCCAAUGAGGAUGAAAGUCCUGGACAGACCUAUCACAGAGAGAGAAGAAACGCAGUCACCAUGCAGCCGCAGAGCGUCCAGGGCCUUGGCAAGAUCAGCGAGGAGCCUGCUACCUCCAGCGACGAGAGGGGCUCGCUGAUCAAGAAGGAGAUCCAUGGGUCCCUGCCCCACCUGGCUGAGCCCUCCAUCCCGUACCGCGGGGCCGUGUUCGCCAUGGACCCCAGGAACGGUUACAUGGAACCUCACUACCACCCUCCUCACCUGUUUCCUGCAUUCCACCCUCCUGUGCCAAUUGAUGCCAGACAUCAUGAGGGGCGUUACCAUUAUGAUCCGUCUCCGAUUCCUCCACUGCAUGUGAAAGCCUCCAGGAACAUGCAGAGGCCUUCUGCCUUAUCGAGUAGCCCAACGUAUUCGGACCUGCCCUUCAUCAGGAUCUCCCCGCACCGGAACCCUGCCGCCGCCUCCGAGUCCCCCUUCAGCCCUCCGCAUCCCUACAUCAACCCCUACAUGGACUACAUCCGCUCCCUGCACAGCAGCCCGUCCCUGUCCAUGAUCUCCGCGGCCCGGGGGCUGAGUCCCACAGAUGCGCCCCACGCGGGAGUCAGCCCCGCAGAAUACUACCAUCAGAUGGCUCUGUUAGCUGGCCAGCGCAGCCCCUACGCAGACAUCCUGCCCACGGCGGCCACCACCGGCGCGGGGGCCAUCCACAUGGAGUACUUCCAUGCCAUGGACAGCACCAGGUUCCCCAGCCCCAGGCUGUCAGCCAGGCCAAACCGAAAACGCACGCUGUCUAUAUCACCACUGUCCGAUCAUAGCUUUGACCUUCAGACCAUGAUAAGGACGUCUCCCAACUCCUUGGUCACAAUUCUCAAUAAUUCCCGCAGCAGCUCUUCAGCAAGUGGCUCCUAUGGUCACUUAUCUGCAAGUGCAAUCAGCCCUGCCCUGAGCUUCACCUACCCUUCUGCGCCUGUGUCGCUCCACGUGCACCAGCAGAUCUUAAGCCGGCAACAGAGCUUAGGCUCGGCCUUCGGACACAGCCCUCCGCUCAUCCAUCCUGCCCCAACAUUCCCAACACAGAGGCCUAUUCCUGGGAUCCCCACGGUUCUGAACCCUGUCCAGGUCAGCUCUGGCCCUUCGGAGUCCUCACAGAACAAGCCCACGAGCGAGUCUGCGGUGAGCAGCACUGGCGACCUGAUGCACAACAAACGAUCCAAGAUCAAACCGGAUGAGGACCUCCCCAGCCCGGGGCCUCGGGGCCAGCAGGAUCAGCCGGAAGUAACCACCCUGGUGAAGGAGGAAGGGGACAAAGAUGAAAGCAAGCAGGAGCCUGAAGUCAUCUAUGAGACCAACUGCCACUGGGAAGGCUGCACACGGGAGUUUGACACCCAGGAGCAGCUGGUGCACCAUAUAAAUAACGACCAUAUUCAUGGAGAGAAGAAGGAAUUUGUGUGCCGGUGGCUCGAUUGCUCCAGAGAGCAGAAGCCCUUCAAAGCCCAGUACAUGCUGGUGGUGCAUAUGAGACGACACACGGGAGAGAAACCUCACAAAUGCACUUUUGAAGGUUGCACAAAAGCCUACUCGAGACUCGAAAACUUGAAAACACACUUGAGAUCUCACACUGGAGAGAAACCGUAUGUCUGUGAGCACGAAGGUUGCAACAAGGCCUUCUCGAAUGCUUCUGAUCGUGCCAAGCACCAAAACAGAACACAUUCCAAUGAGAAACCAUAUGUGUGUAAAAUCCCAGGCUGCACUAAGCGCUACACAGACCCCAGCUCUCUCCGGAAACACGUGAAGACAGUGCACGGCCCAGAGGCUCAUGUCACCAAGAAGCAGCGUGGGGACAUCCAUCCUCGGCCCCCCCCACCACGGGAUUCUGGCAGCCAUUCCCAGUCCAGGUCACCUGGGCGGCAGACUCAGGGAGCCCUUGGUGAGCAGAAGGACCUCAGCAACACUACCUCAAAGCGGGAGGAAUGCCUCCAAGUGAAAACGGUCAAGGCGGAGAAGCCCAUGACAUCUCAGCCAAGCCCUGGUGGUCAGUCUUCAUGCAGCAGCCAACAGUCCCCCAUCAGCAACUAUCCCAACAGUGGGCUCGACCUUCCUCUGAGCGAAGGAGGUGGCGUGGGGGACCUCGGUGCCAUCGACGAAACCCCGAUCAUGGACUCGACCAUCUCCACUGCAACCACAGCCCUCGCUCUGCAAGCCAGGAGAAACCCGGCAGGGACCAAAUGGAUGGAGCACAUCAAGCUAGAAAGGCUCAAACAAGUGAACGGGAUGCUCCCGAGACUGAACCCCGUCCUCCCCCCCAAAGCCCCUGCGGUCUCUCCUCUCAUAGGAAACGGCACCCAGCCCGGUAACAGCUGCAGUGUGGGCGGGCCCAUGACCCUCCUCCCCAACCGCAGCGACCUCUCCUCCGGGGCGGACGUCACCAUGCUGAACAUGCUCAACCGGAGGGACAGCAGCACCAGCACCAUCAGCUCGGCCUACCUGAGCAGCCGCCGCUCCUCGGGCAUCUCGCCCUGCUUCUCCAGCCGCAGGUCCAGCGAGGCGUCCCAGGCCGAGGGCCGGCCCCAGAACGUGAGCGUGGCCGACUCCUACGACCCCAUCUCCACCGACGCCUCCCGCCGGUCCAGCGAGGCCAGCCAGUGCGACGGGCUGCCCAGCCUGCUCAGCCUCACGCCGGCCCAGCAGUACCGCCUGAAGGCCACGUACGCGGCCGCCACGGGCGGGCCCCCGCCCACGCCGCUGCCCAACAUGGAAAGGAUGAGCCUGAAGACCAGGAUGGCCCUGCUCGGGGACGGCCGCGAGCCGGCGGGCACCCUGCCGCCCGUCCACCCUCCCCGCAGGUGCAGCGACGGGGGAGCCCACGGCUUCUACGGCCGGCGGCCGCUGCUGCCCCAGGACGCGCUGGGCCACGGCGUGAGGAGGGCCAGCGACCCGGUGAGGACGGUCUCGGAGGGCCUGUCCCUGCCCCGGGUGCAGCGGUUCAGCAGCCUCAGCAGCUGCGCCCCGACGGCGCCACCACCCCCCUCCCUGGAGAAGCGUAACCUGGUGCUGCAGAACUACACGCGGCCCGAGGCCGGGCCGGCCCGCCAGUUCCGAGCAUCCCCCUGCCCCCCGAGCAUCGCCGAGCACGUCCCCCUGGAGUCCCUGACCAUGGACGCCGACGUGGGCCUGAGCGAUGAGGACCUCCUGCCUGACGACGUGGUGCAGUACCUGAACGCCCAGAGCCAGGCUGGCUUCGAGCAGCACUUCCAGGGCGCCCUCUCCGACGACCGCAAAGCGCCCCCGGGGCCCGGCGUGGGGGCCAGGCACGGCGACUUCGACCAGCCCGGGCUGCCCGAUAGCCACGCCGCCGGCCAGCAGUACCGAGAGCUGGAGCAGCCCUGCCCCGAAGCCAGCAAAGCCGACCUGCCCAUCCAGUGGAACGAGGUCAGCUCGGGCAGCGCCGACCUGUCCUCCUCCUCCUCCUCCUCCUCCUCCUCCAGGCUCAAGUGCGGCCAGCGGGCCCCAGUGCAACCGGCGCGGGCCUUCGGGGGGUAUACCAACAUGGGUGUCCACCCGCAGAACCCCCUGGGGAGCGGGGCCGGCCCGGCGGGGGUCUACCCGGGCCCCGGGGAGCACUGCGGCACCUAUGGCGGGCCCGAGCACCUGGCUGUCCACGGUGGCGGCGGGACUGGCGCCAGCAGAACUGUCUUCCACGAACAGCCCUACAAGGUCCCGCAGUACGGGAGCUGCCUCGGCAGGCAGCCCGGUGCCCCCGGCCUGCUCGACGGGGCCACUGGUGCUGGGAUUCCCGCGGCCAAGCUGAGAGGCGCCGCCCUGCAGGGGAAUGGGAGCCAGCCAGAUUUCAGCCUGCCCAUGCUGCCCGGGGAGUCCGCCGGCAGCUCCGUGAAUGGCGUGCCAACCCGCUACCCGGUGGGGCAGGGGUACUUGGCCCAUCCGAUGCUCAGCGACGGCGUGCACCACCAGGGGGCAGGCCGCCCCGGGCAGCCCAUGCUGGGGCAGGUUAGCGCUACCUCACACAUCAAUGUUUAUCAAGGGCCAGAAGGCAGCCUGCCAGGGCCUCCCGGCCUCGGGGGCCAGCCGUCCGGCCUGGCAGCCGUCAGGGACUACCAGCCAUGCGCAGGCUACGGAGGCAGCAGGCGCCAGGUCGUGCCGAGAGGCAGCCUCGCUCUGCAGCCGCUGCCGCCACCAGGACAGCACAGCGACACCAGUCAGACCUGCAGGGUCAACGGCAUCAAGAUGGAGACACAACAAGGGCAGCCCCAUCCGCUCUGCUCCAACGUGCAGAGUUACUCCGGUCAGUUCUAUGACCACACCAUCGGCUUCAGUCCGCAAGACCUGAAAACUGGCUCGUUCUGCCUCUCCGAAGCCAGCUGCCUGCUGCAGGGGGCCGGCACCGAGAGCUCGGAGUUGCUGUCCCCGGGCGCCAACCAGGUGACGAGCACCGUGGACAGCCUCGACAGCCACGACCUGGAAGGGGUGCAGAUCGACUUCGACGCCAUCAUCGACGAUGGGGACCACGCCAGCUUGAUGUCCGGAGCGCUGAGCCCGAGCAUCAUCCAGAACCUCUCCCACAGCUCCUCCCGCCUCACCACGCCACGGACAGCCCUGCCGCUGCCCGCGCUGUCCGUGAGCACCACCAACAUGGCCAUCGGGGACAUGAGCUCUCUGCUGACCUCCCUCGCGGAGGAAAGCAAGUUCCUUGCAGUUAUGCAGUAGGCGCUGGGGAGAAGGACUGCCAAUGGACGUGAAACUUUAGGAGUUUAAGUGGUUACAUUGAGUCAUUUUUUUUUCUGUUGUUUUUUUGUUGUUGUUUUUAGUUCUGUAUGUAUUUUAGCAAUCUCAUAUCACAUCUUGGGAUGUGUUUCAAGUAUAUUCCUUUUAUGGAAAAGGACUCUGAAAAACCCUAAAGUAUUCUAGGGAGACUGUCUUCCAUUUCAGUUUGAAUCAGUAUUGUGACACUCGAAACGUCCCCCCUUUUUUAAAAAACAAAACAAAACACAAGCACACACACACAAACAAAUCCUGUGAGUCUGCCCCCCUUUAUCAGUAAACCAGUAUCAAUGUGCGAUGUGCAUGUUCUUUCGUUUCGAAGAGGUCAGACGGAAGGGUGUGACAUGUUCCUCUGUGACUCACAGGAAGCGGGAGUGGGUAAGCCUCUGGCCAAAGGCUUGCUUUCACCUUUUAGACUGUCCUUUCCACUUGCCCAUUGUCUGUUUCGUUUCUUGUUGGUUUGUUUGUGUGUGUGUGUUUUUUUUUAAAUUCCCACGUUGGGCACAAGAAUGGAUAGUGAGUUUAAGAAUCUUUUGUGGAUGAAUUGUCGCAUAGAAUACAGAUGUUUUGACAUCCCCUCUUCACCCCAAUUCAGUUCAGGGCAUACUGUUGACAGUUGCCACAAGUGGAAACUUGGGGCUCCUGGUCAGUCAUUUGCUCACAGUUUAGGUUUAAAAUUCUUCCUGUCCAUCGGGUGCUUGGGAGGGUGGGGGGCAGGUCGGAAGGGUCAGCUCUCGGUUAUCUUCUUUGCCUGUUUCUCUAUGAGUGCUCAGUGCCAUGCAGCCUCCCGGGAGGGGUCAGAAAGCCGGUGGAUGGCAAACAGUCACGCUGCUUCUUUCUUCUGUUCCCGUGAGAAGCUAGGUGGGUUGUAGGUUGGAGCUGUUGCAUAGCAUUAACUAGUUUGGGGAAUAUUUGUAGGUUUGCCAUACUUGUUGAUCAGUCCCAUCUCUUUACCGUUAUCCUAGAUAACUGAGAAUGGAUUAUAUGUAGUGCUAAGUACAACCCCACAGCCGGCUGUCCCUAACGUAGGGAAGGACUGCUUCUAUUCCAAGUGCCCUAUUUCCAGGGAUUUAUAAAAUUUACUUGUAACGGGAAACGCUCACGCACAAUGAUAAUGGGAUUAAAUUGCUUUGACCAUCUUUGGUAUUUGAGAGACUAGCAGCUGUGUGGAUGCCUUUUUAUAUCCUGUCGGUCAAAUGCUGCCUCCAUUUAAAAAAUUAAGUGUUCUCUGCAGUGAAGCCUUCCUGUGGGCUCAGUCUGCCCUUUUGUUUUGGGUUAAACCCAUGGUUGGAAAACUGCGGCUUGCGAGCCACAUGCGGCUCUUUGGCCCUUUGAGUGUGGCUCUUCCACAAAAUACCACAGCCUGGGCGAGUCUAUUUUGAAGAAGUGGCAUUAGAAGAAGGUUAAGUUUAAAAAAUUUGGCUCUCAAAAGAAAUUUCAAUCCUUAUAUUGUUGAUAUUUGGCUCUGUAGACUAAUGAGUUUGCCGACCACUGGAUUAAACGAUUAGAAGAAUGUAGCUACUUCCUAUGUGCAGUGGAGACACAUAAAGAACAUACUGUGUGUGCACGGGGUACAUGGAUGAUCCAGCGUUAUACUUUUAAAAGUAGAUCAACUAUUAAAAUGUUAACCCCUGAGACUAUCUGCUGUGUUCUUCCCACAUUGAUCCUGGAGUUGGAUUUAUCCAAAGUGACUCAUGGUUCCAUGGUGUGGCUUUUCCCCUUUAUUCCUGCCCCUUACAUGAGCUUCAGAAAGGCAACAUCGGACACAAUAAUAUGUUAGUUAACAGAAGGAAUGUGAGGACCAGCCCGUGUUUCUCAUGUUUACGUUCUCUGGUUUGGACCAAGAACCUCAGCGCGGAGGUAAAUAAGGCAGCGGGGUUUGCCUUCCCCUGGUGUCCCCAAGACCACCAGAGGGAUGCUGGCCUUAUCUUCCCUGUUCUUGUGGUUUCGUCCAAUCUCUGUUCUCCUCUGCCUGAGUGCUCUCCUCAGGAGUUGCUGGAUGGGACCCCAGUUUCUCAGUUCCUAUCAUCUGUGCCUCUGCUUUUUCUUCCGGCUUCCAGUGAUUCUCCGGGUUGCCCAGUUUCUGAAAACGUGUUCUCCUUGCUCCUGCCUUGAGAUGUUGCAGGAGACCCAUUCCGGUGCAGCAUGUGACUCCUCUCCAUCUGGAGAUCCCAGAGCGACGGGUCUGUUGUGACCGUCAGUGGCAGGAACGUCUUCUGGGGCCAUGGAGACGUGUCCUGUCAGGAUGUGGAUCUCAGUAGGCGUGGCACCUCCAGCCUUCUCUCCGCCGAGUCACUGUUGUCACAUCCUCCUUUGUUCUGAAGGCUCCUGCAUGGCGUUCCUGUCUCAUGUCUCUGUUAAACGUGUUCUCACAUGUCAAACUAUCUUUGUUUUCUAAAGAAGGGAUUAGAGACUCGUUCAAUGUGCCCUGCUCCUCACACGAGGGCUCACCCUCCGAACCACAGAGUUUUGAUUCUUGCGAUGUACGUGCCUUAUUUUGUGUUCAUCGUGUCGAUGCCAGGGACCAUUUGGUGUUGCCCAAAUCAGAAUUCAAGGCCGCAUGCGCCCCAGCAGCGGAGAGCACACGCCUGUAGCCAUGGUAGCGGAGUCUGAGCUGUCUCGUGACCUGGUUCCCCGUGUUGUUCUGAACCGAUAGGAGGGUGUUCUCUUCGGACAAGUCACUGUUGUGUAUCCCGCAAACGUGUAAGAUAAAGUACAAGUUCAUUUUUUUCACCUUUUUUAGAUUUUUAAAAAAAAUAAAACAUGUAAUCCUUUUUUAAAAGAAAGACGUGUAAAUACAUUUAAGUAUUGUAGGCAUAGCGUCCGAACGUGGUCGGCCCCGGGCCCCCCUGGCAUCUGCCCACCUCCAGAGCGAUGCCCCCACGCCCACCUCCAGCCCGGAGGGCAGCCGCCGCCGAUGGACUCGAAUUUUGCUUUCAGAACCACUUAGUCCUUUUGUAACAAAGAGAAAGAACCAUGUUUCUUACGAUGUCAAUAAAAAAAAAAACUCUUUGUACUGAA